GAAGCACCACUUCUGAUAGAUCUGACAGACGUUGAUGGCACAUUAACAUUUUGGUUAGUUUGAUCGAUAUUUCGUAGUUCCCCAAUACUCAUAUUUUUGUUAGCUUGAUCAGUGUAGUUUUACAAAAUGCCUCCAUUGAUUUGCACACAAAAUACCCACAGUCAUGUAGACUACGGAAUACCACUGCUUGCUACAAAAAGCACAGAUUACAGAACAUGUACUGGAACGUACCACGGGUAUAUUCCAGAGAUUCCACAACAUUUCGACUGCAGAGUUAAGGCAAGGGUAAAGGAUAAUCUUCGGAAGCAAGAUAUAUUUCUACAUGAGGAUAUUAAAACAACGUAUACGAAUGAUUACUUCAAAAAAUCGAAAGUAGAUGACCCUAUUGAAGUGUAUUCUAGAGCUCCACCGGCUGAAUAUGUGAGGUACCACAGGAAUCUACAAGAAAAGAUGUUUGCGAAUCCUCCAAAGCCUAUGACCCCUGAAAUAUCAGAGAUGAAAGACAACUUCAGACAAAACCGAUAUAAACCUGACAGACGUGAGAUGUAUGCUCCUUGCAUAUCAGGCUGUUGUGAGUUGUCAGGUUUGGAGAGACCUUUGCAGCCUGGUAUAUCACCGGCCCAAAAAGGUUAUUGGAAACAUUUGGAUAUUUAUAUGACAGAAAAUAAAAUGAAUUUUGUACCAUACAGUGAAGAACAACUAGAAACAUGUAAGGAAGAUUGUGCUACAUAUUACAACUGCAAAGGCAUCUAUCAGAAAUCUAAAAAGAUGUUGCCACCACCUAUAUCUGGGAAUACGUCUGUUUUUGAUAAGAUGCAAUUUAAACAUCAAUUACCAAACAGAUUUUUGUCAAGGGGCCAAAAACGAUGUCCCAACUUAAAACCUACAAUUUUAUAAAUAAGGUGAUGUUAUCUCGUUUUUUCUAUAGUGGUAUGAACACAGAACAUCGCGACAACUACGUAUACCAAACUUUCUCGAAUUUGUACCCAUACAUAUCUCGGUCUGGGGUUGAGUUUAACGUGACGUUCGCUGCAGCUGGACCUGGGGAAAUAUACCAAACGCCUGGAAUGUACAUUACCGAAAUGAAAGGUCAUAUUGGAACUGGUGUACGCGUCAAUCGUUAUGUGAAUAUUGAGGAGGAUGAAAUUGUACCUCAUUCACCGUGCAAUGUCAAGGUGCAACAAUAAAGGAUUUAUAUUACAUAA